UGAACAUUAACUGAGCAAUGAGGGGGCUGACAGUAGAGUACUGGGCACUACAGGAUCCAGCUAGGGGAACACUCACCGUGCCUGUCUGACUCUCUAUCUGUCUAUAUCCUAAUCCUGUUUGCCUAUAUCACCUAUCCCCUGACCAAACAUCGGCUGGGUUUCUUUGUUCUGUAUUGCAGGCUAGCUGUUGGGAUAUGAAGCUGCAUCUGCCUGUACUCUUGCUGCUCUGCCUCUGUUGGCUGGGACUGACUGAUGAGACUGGUACGGUAGCUACUGAGUACCACUCUUGCGGGGAGCAGGUGCUCAGCCAGGAGGCCCGGUGGUCAGUAGGGGGUGCUGUAGAGAGACUGGGCAGGCAGCUACUGGACAGCCUGCAGACAGGGUCAGAGCAGCCCAACGUCAUCAUAUCACCCCUCAGCGUGGCCCUUGCACUAGCACAGCUCACACUGGGAGCUCGUAACGAGACACAGAAGUUGCUGCUAAGUUCUCUACACGCCCACACUGUGCCCUGCUACCAUGAAUCCCUGGGCAGCCUGCUCCAACACCUCACCAACACCUCCCUACAGGUGGCUACACGCAUGUACCUGCGCCCAGAGUUUGAGGUGUACCAGUCCUUUGUUGCAGAAUCCAUGCGUAGCUACAAAUCAGAGCCUGUCCCCUUGAUCUCAGUGGAAGAUGUCAACCAAUGGGUGGAAGACACCACCAAAGGUCACAUGACCAAUUUCCUGACCAGUAUUCCGCAUGAUGUGGUGCUCAUGCUGAUCAAUGCUGUGCAUUUCAAAGGUGAGUGGGAGGCUCGCUUCGACCCUCAGCUCACACAGAAGGAUGUCUUCUACCUGGACAAUAAGAACUUUGUCCAUGUAGACAUGAUGCGGUCAGCCAAGUAUCCACUGAGCCUGUUAGAAGAUGGGGAGCUUGGGGCUCAGGUUGCACGUUUUCCAUUUAAGGGAAACACCAGCUUUCUGGUAGUGAUGCCGUUGCCAGGAAGAGGAAACGUGUCAUCGCUGGUGGCCAAGCUGAAUAUCUCUGACCUGUACAGACGUCUACCUCAGGAGAGGACCAUGCAGGUCCAACUGCCCAAGUUCACCCUGCAGUACCGCCAAGAGCUACAGGAGGCGCUGACCAGCAUGGGUCUGGGCUCUUUGUUCUCUAGUCCUAAUCUGUCCGGUGUCUCAGCGGUUCCUCUGCAGGUGUCCAGCAUGCGUCACGCCUGCGGGGUGGAGUUGAGUGAGGAGGGGGCCGAAGCAUCUGCAGCCACCUCCAUCACCAUCAUGCGCUCUGUUCCCAUCUUUUCUGUAAACUACCCCUUCCUGUUCGCCCUGGUAGACCACGCCUCCCUCGCUCCAAUCUUCCUGGGCACCGUCACUAACCCAGCCCCUGAUGCCAGCCCCAUGCAGAUCGACAGUCCCCUCGGCGAUGAUCCCAAUGGCAACAGGACCCAAAGUGACAGUUCUCAUAGCAACAGCAAUGUACAGAACGAUGGUCCCCAUAGUAACAACAACGUACAGAGCGACAGUCCCCAUAGCAGUAACAACGUACAGAGUGACCAGCCACAAAGUGAGAGAAUGCAGUGUGGCGUCCCUGUCGGGGGGGAGGAGCAACAACAGCCCCUGAAUGAAGUAGAGGGAAACCCCAACGCCCAAGUGGAGGGGCAAGGAUCCAGUUCCUGUGCCAAUCCCUCUCAUACAGUUCCUUCCUAAACCAACACUGAUGCCCAGCUUGCCCUAACCCAUCUCUCACUGUUCUGUCCUGAGCAACACUGAUGCCCAGCUUGCCCCAACCCAUCUCUCAAUGUUCUGUCCUGUCCUGAGCAACACUGAUGCCCAGCUUUCCCCAAACCAUCUCUCACUGUUCUGUCCUGAGCAACACUGCCUGACCAGCUGGUCCCAUAUGGAGCCCAGCCCUCACAUAGCAAAACCCUAUCCCAAUCUAUUGGCUCAGUUCCCAGUCCAGAAUCAACAACAGCCCCUACCCCUAGACACCUGACAACUUCUCACAGUCCCUCCCCUCCCCAGUGAAUGCCCCUGAUUACAACCCAAUGAUUUAGGAGAGACCAUGGACCUGUCCCAUACUACACUGUGUGUGCAGAUUAACACUCAAAUGUGUUUUUUUACACUUGGCUGUGCACUGUCUGUCUUACAGUAUUUGUGUUUUGUUUUGAUGUCUUACUUUUUGAUGAUUCCCACCUCUGGUAUUGAUUAAAGAAAUGAAGUCUCAAUGUUUUA